GGCGGCGGGCUCGGCCGGGGAGGCGGCGAUGCCAUGAGCCGGCGCCGCCGCCAUCCCGGCGCAGCCCGCGGCGUGCCCUGCCUGCCGGCAGCCCGCGGCCGUCCCUAGCCGCGCUGCAGGCUGAACGGCAGCGGCGACGGCGGCUUCUCCUUCCCGGCGCCCCGCAUGAGGAGAGGCGUUAAGUAGCGCCAGCGCCGCGGCGGCCGCCACUGCCCGCUCGGUGGCGGCGGGGCCGCCUGGCCGGCGGCGGAAACAUGGCGAGCGACUCCCCGGCGCGUAGCCUGGACGAGAUCGACCUCUCGGCGCUGCGGGAUCCUGCAGGAAUCUUUGAACUUGUGGAGCUUGUUGGCAAUGGUACCUAUGGGCAGGUCUAUAAGGGUCGUCAUGUUAAAACAGGCCAGCUUGCUGCUAUUAAGGUUAUGGACGUCACCGGGGAUGAAGAGGAAGAGAUCAAACAAGAAAUUAACAUGCUGAAGAAGUAUUCUCACCACCGGAAUAUCGCUACAUAUUAUGGUGCUUUUAUUAAAAAGAACCCACCAGGAAUGGAUGAUCAGCUCUGGCUGGUGAUGGAGUUCUGUGGUGCAGGCUCUGUCACCGACCUCAUCAAGAACACGAAGGGGAACACCUUGAAGGAGGAGUGGAUCGCCUACAUCUGCAGAGAGAUUUUACGGGGCUUGAGUCAUCUACACCAGCACAAAGUAAUUCAUCGAGACAUCAAGGGACAGAAUGUGUUGCUGACAGAAAAUGCAGAAGUUAAACUAGUGGAUUUUGGAGUCAGUGCUCAGCUGGACAGAACGGUGGGCAGGAGAAACACCUUCAUUGGAACGCCUUACUGGAUGGCCCCCGAGGUCAUCGCCUGCGAUGAAAAUCCUGAUGCCACUUACGACUUCAAGAGUGACUUGUGGUCUUUGGGGAUAACGGCCAUUGAGAUGGCAGAAGGUGCUCCCCCUCUCUGUGACAUGCAUCCCAUGAGAGCUCUCUUCCUCAUCCCCCGCAACCCAGCCCCGAGGUUGAAAUCAAAGAAGUGGUCUAAAAAGUUUCAGUCCUUCAUUGAGAGCUGCCUAGUGAAGAACCACAGCCAGAGACCAACCACAGAGCAGCUGAUGAAGCACCCCUUCAUCCGAGACCAGCCCAACGAGAGGCAGGUCCGCAUCCAGCUCAAGGACCACAUUGACAGGACUAAAAAGAAGCGAGGCGAGAAAGAUGAGACAGAAUACGAGUACAGUGGAAGUGAAGAGGAGGAGGAGGAAAAUGACUCCGGAGAGCCCAGCUCCAUCCUAAACCUGCCCGGGGAGUCGACCCUGAGGCGGGAUUUCCUGCGGCUGCAGCUGGCCAACAAGGAGCGGUCGGAGGCGCUGCGCAGGCAGCAGCUGGAGCAGCAGCAGCGGGAGAACGAGGAGCACAAGCGGCAGUUGCUGGCCGAGCGGCAGAAGCGGAUCGAGGAGCAGAAGGAGCAGAGGAGAAGGCUGGAGGAGCAACAGAGGCGGGAGAAGGAGCUGCGGAAGCAGCAGGAGCGGGAGCAGCGGCGGCACUAUGAGGAGCAGAUGCGGCGGGAGGAGGAGCGGCGACGUGCCGAGCACGAGCAGGAAUACAUCAGGCGACAGUUAGAGGAGGAGCAGAGACAGUUAGAGAUCCUGCAGCAGCAGUUGUUGCAGGAGCAAGCUCUACUUCUGGAGUAUAAGCGCAAGCAGCUGGAGGAGCAGCGGCAGGCGGAGAGGCUGCAGAGGCAGCUCCAGCAGGAGCGGGACUACCUGGUGUCCCUGCAGCAGCAGCAGCAGCAGCAGCGGCAGGACCAGAGGCCGGCAGAGAAGAAACCCCUCUACCAUUACAAAGAAGGGAUAAAUGCCAGCGAGAAACCAGCGUGGGCCAAGGAGGUGGAGGAGCGCUCCCGGCUCAACCGGCAGAGCUCGCCGGCCAUGCCCCACAAGGUGGCCAAUAGGAUUUCUGACCCCAACCUGCCUCCUCGCUCCGAGUCUUUCAGCAUCAGUGGUGUGCAGCCAGCCCGGACCCCACCCCUGCUCCGGCCUGUGGACCCACAGAUUCCACAUCUGGUCACUGUGAAAUCCCAAGGAAGCUCCUUGUCUGGGUCUCAGUCACUGCAUGAACAGCCUGCAAAGGGACUGGCUGGGUUUCAGGAGGCUCUGACGGUGACCUCUCACCGCACUGAGAUGCCAAGGCAGAACUCGGACCCCACCUCAGAAAACCCUCCUCUGCCCCCUCGCAUUGAAAAGUUUGACCGAAGUUCUUGGUUACGGCAGGAGGAAGACAUUCCACCAAAGGUGCCUCAACGAACCACUUCCAUAUCCCCUGCUCUGGCAAGGAAGAACUCCCCCGGGAACGGCAGCGCCCUGGGGCCCCGGCUGGGCUCCCAGCCCAUUCGGGCAAGCAACCCAGACCUGAGGAGGACGGAGACCAUUGUGGAGAGCCCACUGCAGAGGACUAGCAGUGGCAGCUCCUCCAGCUCCAGCACUCCCAGCUCCCAGCCCAGCUCCCAGGGUGGCUCCCAGCCUGGCUCCCAGGCUGGCUCCAGCGAGCGCAACAGAGUCAGAGGAAACACCAAGCCUGAAGGGUCUCCUGUGCUCUCCCACGAGCCUGCCAAGGUAAAGCAGGAAGACAACAGGGAUGUGACACGACCGAGCCGACCCGCUAGCUAUAAGAAAGCUAUAGAUGAGGAUCUGACGGCCUUAGCCAAAGAGUUGAGGGAGCUGCGCAUCGAAGAAACCAAUCGCCCCCUGAAGAAGGUGACAGACUACUCCUCCUCCAGUGAGGAGUCGGAAAGCAGCGAGGAGGAGGAGGAGGAAGGGGAAAACGAGACGAAUGAUGGGACCGUGCCUGUCAGUGACAUCCCACGGCUUAUACCAACAGGAAUUCCUGGAAGCAAUGAGCCAUACAACCUGGGAAUGGUGACAACCCACGGGCUAGAGACUUCCCAUGCAGAUACGUUUAGCAAUAUUUCAAGGGAAGGGACUUUAAUGGUGAGGGAGACCUCUGGUGAGAAAAAGCGUUCUGGCCAUGCAGCCAGCAAUGGCUUUGCAGGUCACAUCAAUCUGCCUGACCUGGUGCAGCAAAGCCACUCGCCGGCGGGCACGCCGACCGAGGCCCUGGGGCGAGUCUCCACGCAUGCACAGGACAUGGACUCGGUGCCUGAAUAUGGUAUGGGAAGUAGCACCAAGGCCUCUUUCACCCCCUUUGUGGACACCAGAGUGUAUCAGACCUCGCCUACUGAUGAAGAUGAAGAUGAGGAUGAAGAAUCAUCUGCAACUGCCCUGUUCACCAGCGAGCUGCUCAGACAGGAGCAGGCCAAGCUGAAUGAAGCCCGGAAGAUCUCAGUGGUGAACGUCAACCCCACCAACAUCCGUCCCCACAGUGACACUCCAGAGAUCCGGAAAUACAAGAAGCGCUUCAACUCGGAGAUACUCUGUGCUGCUCUGUGGGGUGUGAAUCUGCUGGUGGGUACAGAAAAUGGCCUGAUGCUGCUGGAUCGAAGUGGGCAAGGGAAGGUCUACAACCUGAUCAACAGACGGCGAUUUCAACAGAUGGACGUGCUUGAGGGUCUUAACGUCCUCGUGACAAUAUCAGGAAAGAAGAACAAGCUGCGUGUCUACUACCUGUCCUGGCUGAGAAACAGGAUCUUGCACAACGACCCUGAAGUGGAGAAGAAGCAGGGCUGGAUCACGGUUGGGGACCUGGAGGGAUGCAUCCACUACAAAGUGGUGAAAUAUGAAAGAAUCAAGUUCUUGGUGAUUGCCUUAAAGAAUGCUGUAGAGAUCUAUGCCUGGGCUCCUAAACCAUAUCAUAAGUUUAUGGCAUUUAAGUCUUUUGCAGAUCUCCAACACAAGCCACUGCUCGUGGAUCUCACUGUAGAAGAGGGUCAGAGACUGAAGGUUAUCUUUGGAUCACACACUGGUUUCCAUGUGAUUGAUGUAGAUUCUGGGAACUCUUACGAUAUCUACAUACCAUCUCACAUUCAGGGCAAUAUUACUCCUCACGCCAUUGUCAUCCUGCCUAAAACAGACGGGAUGGAGAUGCUUGUGUGCUAUGAGGAUGAAGGUGUCUAUGUCAACACCUAUGGACGGAUAACUAAGGAUGUGGUGCUCCAGUGGGGAGAGAUGCCUACUUCUGUGGCCUACAUUCAUUCCAAUCAAAUAAUGGGCUGGGGAGAGAAGGCUAUUGAAAUCCGGUCAGUGGAGACGGGACACCUGGAUGGAGUAUUUAUGCACAAGCGAGCUCAAAGGUUAAAGUUUCUAUGUGAAAGAAAUGAUAAGGUGUUUUUUGCAUCGGUGAGAUCCGGCGGAAGCAGCCAAGUGUUUUUCAUGACCCUCAACAGAAACUCCAUGAUGAACUGGUAAUAGGGGAGCACUUGGCACUCACCACCAUGGCAUUAUUUCUAAUGUAAAGGACAUUAAACACGAGGACUAACACUGUAGAGGCAGAUGUGGAGGAACACGGCUCCCCACGCUCCCCGGGUGCCCUCAGCCCCGGGGCGGGGGCUGCGGGCAGGGACGGACUUUCGCGCUUGGACCCCCCGAGGUCUCCUGAUUACGCUGUGUUAUAGUGGGUUAUGAGUUCUCCUUUAUUUUAUUUUUAAUUUUCCUUUCUCCCCUACUUUGUAAGAACGGGGAAAGAAGCAGUGUCAAAAAAAAAAAAAGAAAAAAAAGAAAAAAAAAGUCUGUUUUUAAUUCUGUCUGCCUGCUAGCAUCAAAUAUAUAGUAUGUUGUAAAGUUACCAAUUAAAUCUGGUGAGAGACAGCACAAUAAAUGUACCUUUUAUCUUUGUGAUGAAGGCCAUAACCGUAUAGCUGGGUAAUUUUAGAAAUCUUUUGCCUUCACCAACAUUUACAUGUUGCUUUUGGCAGCAACGGCUUAACGGAUUUUUAAAGAAGAGAAAAAAUAAUAGGUUUUUUUUCCCCUCUUUUGGGAAAUGGAUUUUAAAUGGCUAAACUACUAGCCUUAGACUAAUAAAAAUCAGCUACCAUUUUUGUCAAGUCUGUCAAUCCAUAUUUCUAUAUGGAUCUUCACAUAAUGGUGUGUCUUGAUAAGGGACAGAGGUGCCAUUUGUUGUUGCUCCGGAGGUGCCCCCGGGGCUUGGCCAGAAGGGGCCAGGAUGGGGGACCAGAGGAGGAGAGGGCGGCGGAGCGGUCGGAGCAGCCGCGGGAGCCCGGAGCCGGGCGCUGGUGCGCGGGGACGGCGAAACGAGCUCCCCUCCCCGUGGCUGGGCCGGGCUUGUAAAGAGCUUAAAAAUAUAUAUAUGUGUGUGUGGUUUCUUCGGCCGAGGGUCUGAAUCUCUACUCGUUUUCCACCCCCUCCGCUCCCUAGGAAUUACCCAACAUACAGUGGAAGAGACAACAUCUGUGCCGAACCGUGUGUGUGUGUUUAGUUCAGGUUGAAUCGUGUCCUUAUAAACUCUGCUCAGUUGAUUUCCGUUUCUCGGCGCGUAUCUGGGGUUUUCUUUCUCAGUAGCUGCAAGCAUGGCCGCCUGUGGUGUUGGGGUGUCGCAUAACAAGGUCUGUGUUGCUGGUUUUAACCUACCUCGUUUCGGUUGGGGUUUGUUUGGGUUUGGUUUUUUUUGUUUGUUUUUUUUGGUUGGUUGGUUUAUUUUUAUUUUCCGUUCCGCUGUCGAUCACAGCGCUGUUACCUCCAGCGACAUAUAGAGAGCUUAACUGGCAAUCUUGGUGUACUCGGUAACGAUGGCUUUAUUAAAAAAUCAUUAAAUCAA